AUGCGACCGAGUCUGUUGACGUCCGAUCGCGCCCAACACAGCGCCGCGCGCCUAUCCCGCGCCCGCGACGCCGUCGCGCGCCAGCGCGCGGCGUUCCAGAGGUUUCAAACGACGCGCGGAAGCGAUGGAUUCGCAUCGACGUCGUCGCGCGAAUCGCCCGCGUGUAGCGCCGUGCGCGAAUCCACGCGCACGCGCGCGACGCCGAAAGACACCAACGUGUUCAUCGAAUCGUUCUUCGACCUCGCGGACACCGUCGCUGGCGGACGCGAAGGCCCCGGGUUCUCCAAGCUCGCCGAGCGCAUCGGCGACGACGUCUACGUCCAAGUCAACGCGUGGCGACUCUACACGCGCGACAUGAAAUUCCACGACGGCUUGGCCAAGGUAUUCGCGGUGAAAAUCGCACAAAACAGCAAUAAAAUCGACGACGCGGUGAUCGACGAAGUCUUAGGCGUCGUUCGCGUGCCUUUGGGGGGCGGGAAAUCCGACGUCCCGCUCGGCGAUUUGUGCCCGUCGCCGAGCGUGAACAAUUUGAAGAACAUCUUGCGCGAUUACGUGGACGAUCGUCUGUGA